AUGGAUGAGAAAAAUAGAGAAGUUGUGUUGCUGGGAUCCUGGCCUAGCGCUUACUGCACCAGGGUUGCACUAGCCCUUAAACUGAAGGGUAUACCAUAUAAAUAUGUGGAGGAAGAUUUGAAAAACAAAAGUGAGUUACUCAUAAAGCAUAAUCCUGUCCACAAAAAGGUUCCAGUACUCUUGCACAAAGGAAGGUCAAUUUGCGAGUCACUUGUCAUUCUUGAAUACAUAGAUGACAUUUGGAACCACAGUCCCAAACUUUUACCAGAGGAUCCCUAUCAAAGGGCCAAAGUCCGUUUUUGGGCCAACUACUUCGAUCAGAAAAUCAUGCCGGGCACAAACUCCAUCCUCUUAUCAAAUGGGGAAGCGAGAGAGAAAGCAAUUGAAGAUAUGAAUGAGAUGCUUAGAGUGUUUGAAGAAGGGGUCAAGGAAGAUUUCCAUGAGCAAUUGUAUUUCUUUAAUGAGGAAACAUUAGGACUCCUUGACAUUGUGGUAGGUUCAAGUUGUUGCACCUACAAAGCAUAUCAUGAGGCCUGUAAUAUAGAGGUCAUAGGACCCAAUAAGAACCCAACAUUUUUCAUGUGGGUGAAUGCUCUGAAGGAACAUCCUCUGAUGAAGGAGACACUGCCUCCUCAUGACAAGUUGGUGGCCAAGAUCAAAAGCAUUGUUGUUCCCUCGCCCAUAGCUUGAUCUUGGAACUUGAACUGGAAGCACCAAGCAUGUACUCUUAAUUCUUGCUAUGCUACUAAAUAAAGUGUAACAGUAGUUUCCUAUGUAAUUUUCUCACGCCAGUGUAUUAGAACAUGCUUUACUUGGGUUACAAAUAAAAGGUUGCUUUUAUUUUUGUUCCAUAUGACAGCCCGGUUGGUUUAUAUGGCAAUCUAUGAAAAACGGUGGUCAUGAUUUAUUUCACAAGCUUUAUGAAACGUGAAACACAUGAGAUAUUCAAUCUGAGGCAAACAAAAAGGUCAUUUUACAUUGUACAUAGUUGCAAUUUCUUAUCGAAUAUUUAUAAUGUUUUUCAACCAGGAACCUUUAAAAAUUUUGGAUGGAAAUAGAAUUGUGUAGUUUCAUUAAGAUAACUGCAGAAAUACAGACAGAUAAAAUGUGCUUUCUUCUCUAAAAAAAAGGUAUCUUGUCUUAUAAGAAAUGGACAAUUUGUGGACAUGUAUAGUUUUUUUAGAAAAAGUCAACUCACUGCUGUCAGCAAGGAAAUGGCCGCAAGGCAUUGCAAUUUGCAAUAGUUUGACUUCGUUUUUCCUCUGACUUCAUUGUUGCUCAAGCAGAUUUAUAUAGAGAAAUGUUAUUUGUCCAAAAAAAAAUGUACAAUCUUUAUUACAACUUUGAGAUACAAGAAGAGAGGGGGGAAAUUGAGAGAUAAGAUGGGUGAUGGGAUGGAAAGAGGUAGAAAAAAAUUUGUUAUUUUAAAAAUUUGUGGUAGAAAUUUAUGAUGGGAAUAUUUGCAGUCUUUCAGUGAUUCAUGGGAACUGCUACUUUGCUCUCCUUAUUAAGAAUCAUUGCAAUGGCUACCAUCAGAAAGCCAACAUCCUUGUCCUCGUGUAUUCAAAGGGGACGACAAUGACCUCAAAAAACAAAGCAGAAGUAAUCAAAGUUUACUCUUCAAAGGAAUCUAUUUAAUCCCAUGUUAGCACUCAAAAAGGCAAAUUUGCCCAACCUUUUGUUCGCUCCCAAUACAGUGCUUCCAUUUUUAUCAGGGUACACCAGGGAGGCACUAGCCCUUAAUUUUCAGGGCAUACACUGCUACACAAAUACGUGGAUUCUAUCAGUGUCAAGUCCAUUUUAACCCAACUAUUUUGAGAGACGCUAUUGCUGCUAUGAGUUCUCCUUUUCUUCUACAUAAAUGUAUGUAUGGAUCAGCUGCGCCACGCAAACUUAACUAGUUUGAGACUUCAAUUGUUUGAAAAACGAUGAAGGGCAAGUCCACUUCUUCAACUACGAAAAGUUAGGACUCCGCGCAAAUUGUGGUAGGUAAUUGUCACUCCAGUUGCAAAAGCGUUGAACAAGACCUACAAUAUAGUGGUCAUAGAACCCCUCCUUGAAAUCAUGCGGUAAUUGUUGAACCCAACAAGCAUAUCAUACAUGAAUAAUGUAAACGUGCCCUGAAGGAACAUAACCUGAUAUAGGAAACAUUGCCAACUCAAACCAAUUUAGCGGCUAAGAUUGAAGACAUGAUUGCUCCCAUCCUUGUUUGAUCAUUUGUGAUUUGUUCGUUGCAUGCAUACAACAUCCUUUUGAUCCUUCCCCAACGGCACAUUUUGCUUUAAACACUUUUCUGGGCACAUGUUGAAUAUAAACAAUACAUUAAAUCAUCCAAAGUUUGCUUUUUUAUUCAACUUUCUAAUAGAAAUAAUCUUCUGUUCUAACUUCACAAAAGAAGUUUAAAAAACAAGGAUUUCUGAAAAAUGUUACUGAUAUAGUUUUACUGUUUUGGAAUAUUGUCGAGAAGGUUCUGCUGAAAAUACGGAGAAAAAGAUUGAAAUUUUCCCCCAAAAAAAAAAAAAAACCAUUUUAAUAGCAGAAUGCCACUAUUAUGGUAACCAGA